AUGAAAUAUAAAGUUGAUGAUUCAAAGUUAUUCAAAGAUUAUUAUGAAGGUUGUAUACGCAUUGCAUUUUCAUCGAAUGAUGAUCAAUUAUUGUAUAGUGCAGGAUUACCAGAUUUAAAUUUGCCUGUGUGGUAUAUACUGUCGACAUCAGGUCAACAGAAACAACAACAACAACAACAAAAACCUGUCACAUGUUUAUCACCAGUGGAUGAACAACACGGUUAUCUAAGUAUUGAUGUCGCUUCAAGAACGCAUAUUCUUGCAACUGGUUUAGUAAAUGGUGAAGUAUGGUUAUAUAAUGUACAGAAUAUGUCUACACCAAUUCAUUGUAUCUCUAUUGGAUCAGGUAAUCAUUCUAUUCGUCUACUUUCAUUCUCAUCCACUUUACGAGCUGAUCUAAAUGACGUAGGCUUUAUUAAUAAUAAUAAUAAUAAUAAUACAUUAUGCAAUUUAUCAACUUCUCAAAUAACCAAUAAAAAUUCUUACAGUACAUCAAUGAAUAGUACUCACCUAACAUGUAGUAAUAGCCAAAUUCGUCAACCUUUAAGCGAAUUAACUAAUACAAUACAACAAAAACAACGGGAAAAACAGAACAGUCUAAAUCACUAA